AUGGAGCAAAACAAUCAUCAAUGGCCCAGUUCACUGCUUGAUGGAAACCUCGAACAGAAUCAUGCACAAGUAGAGAUCAGUUACAACCAAUCAUCUUUCAACCAAACACAAGGACAAAUCAGUUACGAGCAUUCGGCAUUCAGCCAAGCACAAGGUCGAGACAAUGACGAGCAGUCGGACCUCAAUCCAUCCCAGAAACAAAACAACCAGUGGCAGUUAGAAAUGAUUCUCAACCGUAAACCCAUAAUUCAAGAAUAA